ACAAGACAGUGAAAUAUGAUAGGCUUCAAGCUCUCCUUCCGGGUCGGUCUCGUGCUUAUAAGCACUCUUUUUGGGACUCCAGUCUCAAAGUCCAGCAUGGCAGAGUCUCGCCAUUUUCCAAAUCCUUAUCCACCCACUCUUCAAGGGGAGAGGGCAAAGAUCUUAGAUGAUAGUAAGAAUCAGCUCUCUGAAGAAUAUGUAGCAAAUUCAAGAAGGACUGUUCAGAAUCUCCUGAAGGUACUAGAUGCUGAAGAGAAAAGAAGCUUAGACUGGGGUGAUGUUUCUGUGUAUACAGGAGUUUCUGGUUAUGUUCUGCUUUAUCUCCAUCUUACAGAUGUGCUGGAAGAUGACAGAUACAUACAGAAAGCUUUGCCUCUAAUUGAAAAGGCUAUCACAAAAAUAAAGGGACGGCGAGUAGCUUUUGUCUGUGGUGACCCAGGACCUUUAACCCUUGGAGCUAUUCUGUAUCAUCGGUUGAAUAUGACAUCACAGGUUCCAGCUUGCAUUGAGGGUGUCAAGAAACUGAAAAAAGACAUACUCAACCCAAAGUCAGAUGUGCCUGAUGAAAUUCUGUAUGGAAGAGCAGGUUACCUUUAUGCACUCCUUCUUAUUCAGCAGAAGAUUGGAAAGGCUGAAAUCGAUGACACACUUGUAAGGUCCGUAGUAUCAGCAAUUUUAGAUUCUGGCCGAGCUCUUUCUCUCAAAGAAAAAAGGUCUGUUCCUCUGAUGUACCAGUGGCAUGAGAAGCACUAUAUUGGAGCAGCUCAUGGCAUAAUAGGAAUUCUCUUCAUGCUCCUACAGGCAAAGGAACACCUCACAUCUGCAGAGCUGAAUGAGCUGGUGAAACCAACAAUUGAUUAUGUUGCUAAGCUACAGUUUCCCUCAGGCAAUUUACCGUCAUCUCUCAGCAAUGAAUCUGACCGACUUAUACACUGGUGCCAUGGUGCUCCUGGAGCUGUGUUUCUUUUUGCAAAAGCUUAUCAGGUAUUCAAUGAAAGAAGUUACUUAGAACAUGCACUGAAAGCUGGUGAAAGUAUUUGGGAAAGAGGACUGUUAAAGAAAGGUUAUGGUUUGUGUCAUGGUUCCUCAGGAAACGGUUAUGCAUUACUGUACCUCUACCAGGUUACGGGGGAUUCUGAAAUGUUGUAUAGAGCAGCACAGUUUGGACACUGGUGUCAAGAUUAUGGAAAGCAUGGCUGCCGCACACCAGAUAGACCAAUGUCCUUGUUUGAGGGCCUGGCUGGUAAUAUUCACUUCUUGGCUGAUAUUGCAAAGCCCAAAAAUGCAAAGUUUCCUGCUUUUGUUUUGUAAGGUAAUAAUGAAGUCACAGGUUACCUGUAAUGUUAUCCUUUUGUGCUUUCAGAGGUUUGAAUGUCUGUAAGAUUUAUUUCUUCUUAUUUGAGUAAAUCAAUAAGAGAAGUAGAUUUUGGUGUUAUGGAUGUACCAUUAUGAAUGGUAUUUAUACAGUUGGAAACAUUAAACAGUUUCAUGUUUUGAAUGUAAUUUGUCUGUGUCAGUGUUAAUUGUGUAGUCCUUUUUAUAUAGAGAAGUUAUUUACCAAAUUAUGAAAUAAACACCCAGUUUAGUUUCUGUAUUGAGAACAUUUAAAGAUUAAGGUUCUUUAAUGAGAUCUUGAGUCUUGUUAAUCAACUAAACAUUUGUAUACCAUUUCAUUUUACAUAGAGGACCCGAAAUUAUUAGAUAUUCUUUUUUUUUUCUCUCUUUCUCUAUCUCUUUAAUUACUAAACAGUAUGGUCCAAUUUUCUAAAGGUCAUACUCUUAUUACCUUUCCCAAAGAUAAAGUACACUUUUAUUUAAAUGGAUAGAAAUAGUGCAGUUGUGUUGUUCAGGAUUUAUACUGUUAGUUACAGAAUCUAGAAUGAAAGGAUAAUGCCUGACAUUCAAUUAUAAAAGUGUCAGGUAGUUCAUAACAAUUCUUGUGGUUAUUUUCUUGUCAUAACAUAAUGUAUGAAUAUUAUUAGAUUCUCAGUCUGCUUUGGAUAGAACUUAUUGGAAAUACAGUCUCCCAUCUAUA